AUGGCAACCGUUACGGAAGUUGGUGGUAUCAAGACCGGUAAGCUGCUGAUCGAGGGCAAAACCAAGCAGGUGUACGAUGUGCCGACCAUGCCGGGUUUCUCGAUCCUGCUGAACAAGGACCGCAUCACGGCCCAUAACGGUGUCCGGGCGCAUGACCUUGAGGGCAAGGCGAAAAUCUCCAAUCAAACUAACGCGAAGGUGUUCACACUGCUGAACCAGGCCGGUUUGAAGACCGCGUUCGUGCGCAUGAUUUCGGACAACGCGUUCCUGGCACGCAAAUGCGAGAUGGUACCGAUCGAGUGGGUGACGCGCCGUCUCGCGACCGGUUCUUAUCUGAAGCGCAACCCCGGCGUGAAGGAGGGCUUCCGGUUCGCACCGGCCAAGGUCGAAACGUUCUUCAAGGACGAUGCAAACGAUGAUCCCCAGUGGAGCGAAGAGCAAAUUGUGUGUGCUGCCUUCAAGGUGAAUGGUGUGACUAUUGGUCAGGAUGAGGUGGAUAUUAUGCGUCAAACGACCGCACUGGUGUUUGAGGUGCUGGAGCGUGCCUGGGCCACCCGGGACUGUGCGUUGAUCGACAUGAAGAUCGAGUUCGGUGUGGAUGCGGAAGGUCAGUUGCUAGUGGCCGAUGUGAUUGAUUCGGACUCGUGGCGUCUGUGGCCGUCCGGCGAUAAGCGCCUGAUGGUGGAUAAGCAAGUGUACCGCAAUCUCGCUAACGUCACCGCCGCUGAUCUAGACACGGUAAAGCGCAACUUCACCUGGGUGAGCGAUCAGCUCGAUGGGAUGGUUGCGGCCAACAACCAUCUGGUCGUUAUCUUGAUGGGAAGCGCCUCCGACAAGGAACACUGCGAAAAGAUUGCAAAGCACUGUACCGCGCUCGGACUCAACACGGAGCUGCGGGUAACGUCGGCACACAAGGGUACGCAAACGACGCUCCACAUGGUGAGCGAGUACGAGAGUGUGUUGAGCGAGCUGGUGUUCGUUACCGUCGCCGGCCGUUCGAAUGGACUCGGACCGGUGCUGAGCGGCAACACCAACUAUCCGGUCAUUAACUGUCCGCCAGUCAAGCCGGAUAACGUCAACCAGGAUGUGUGGUCUAGCCUGAACCUACCGUCCGGACUGGGAUGCGUGACGGUUCUCUACCCGGAGGCAGCCGCCCUGCAUGCCGCUCAAAUUCUCGGCAUGAAGAACUUCAUGAUCUGGAGCAAGCUGCGUGUGAAGCAGCUGGACAACUACUCCAACCUGAUUCUGGCGGACAAAAAGAUGCGCGGAGUGCGUCAAAACUGA